CUACAAUGCGCUCUUUCAAUGCUCACGAAACAGGAAAACUUCGGCCAUUUUUGUCGAGACCUUUCUUUCGCGUCAUAUCAAAAUGAAGAUCGGUCUUUGUGCGUAUAGCGGAUACAAAAUAUAUCCGGGCCAUGGCAAGACCAUGGUCAAAGUUGACGGAAAGACUUUCACUUUCCUCAACUCAAAAUGCGAGUCUGCACACUUGAUGAGGCGUAAUCCUAGAAAAGUGACAUGGACUGUUCUAUACAGACGUAAACACAAAAAAGGUCAGGAGGAAGAACAGACCAAGAAAAGGACGAGACGUGCUCAAAAGUUCCAGCGUGCUAUUGUGGGUGCCUCUCUCACAGAUAUCUUGGCCAAACGUAACAUGAAACCAGAAAUUCGUAAAGCUCAGAGAGAACAAGCGAUCAAGGCAGCAAAGGAGCAGAAGAGAGCAGCAAAAGCAACGAAGAAAGCUGUUGCCCCUCCGAAAGCAAAACAAGUAUCUAAACAGAAAGUAGCUAAGGUGUCACAAAAAUCUGCACCCCGUGUCGGAGGAAAGCGUUAAAAAGCUGUAAUUAUAUAUAAAUAAAGUAAAAUAAUACCAAUUUUUUAUUUGAUUUUUUUUAAUGUAAUAUAGACAAUAAAAAUUAAUGAAUAAAAUUCCAAGACACGGAGAUAUACGCAGAUUUCGAGUAACAAAUAUAGUUUAUUGUAACUACAUAUGUACAAUUUACAUUUAGUUUCUAUAUAGUCAGGAUAAAAUU